UGUUUGUCUGUGGCUGGUGAUGAACUCUCGGGCUUCACUGGGGCCUGCCAUCGCGAGGAAGAUGACCGAACAUCGCGAGGGCUUUCCGGCGAGAAGCUAUUGGUCGCGUUGGAUGCACGAUGGCCGGAUUUUUUUUUUAGUCGUGUCUGGCCGGUCUUGGUGGUUGCGUGCGGCUGUGGAAACAUGAGUCAUUUAUGGCCGCACGUGGGACGGGUUGCGGCUAUACGAGGUCGUUUGUUAAUUGAGCAGAGAAAAAGAUUGAGUGGGGCUGGGGACGGACCAGAUCUCGCGAGGAUGACGAUCUAUCGGAGAUUAUCUUACUGUUGUGAAACUCAGACGAUGGGUUAUGAUGACCGGCGACGGGGCUGCUGUUCCAAGGACGGGCUGAAGGUCGAUGAUGGCCACAAGACGCCAAGGCUGGUCGCACCCCUUCCCGGAGAAGACGACUGGAGAUUC